AUGGCCACCUAUGAGAAGGGGGUCCUCCCGGAUCCGGAGAAGGAGGCCGCACGCGAGGUUCAGCCUGCUCCCGCCUACGACACCGAGGGACGAACCGCCAGCGUCGUCUUCAAGAACGAGGAGUUCCAGAAGCUCAGCUUCUGGACUCGUAAUGGCUUGAACCUCGAGUCGUUUAAGCGCCGCGAGGGCUACGACACGACCAACCAGCUCAACCAGACCAUGAAGUCUCGCCAUCUGCAUAUGAUCGCCAUCGGCGGCUCCAUCGGCGCCGGCUUCUUCGUCGGCUCUGGAAGCGCGUUGUCCAAGGGUGGUCCAGGUGCGCUGCUCAUUGAUUUCGGCAUUAUCGGGGUGAUGAUGUUCAACGUCGUCUAUGCUCUUGGAGAACUCGCCAUCAUGUACCCGGUUUCCGGUGGUUUCUACACCUAUUCCACUCGCUUCAUCGAUCCUUCGUGGGGUUUCGCCAUGGGUUGGAACUACGUCUUCCAAUGGGCCAUCGUCCUUCCGCUCGAACUGACUGUCGCCGCUAUCACCGUAGGUUACUGGGACAGCGAUAUCAGCGUCGCCGUCUGGAUCACCGUCUUCCUGGUCGUUAUCGUCUUUAUCAACAUCUGGGGCGUCUUGGGCUAUGCCGAAGAAGAGUUCUGGUCCAGUAUCCUCAAGCUGUCGGCCACCAUCAUCUUCAUGAUCAUCUGCUUGGUCAUGGUGUGCGGUGGUGGUCCCAGCGAAGGGAUAUACAGUGAGUAUUGGGGCGCCCGCAACUGGUAUAACCCGGGCGCAUUCGCCAAUGGCUUCAAGGGCGUCUGCGCUGUCUUCGUCACCGCCGCCUUCGCCUUCAGCGGCACCGAACUGGUGGGUCUCGCCGCCGCCGAGGCCUCCAAUCCCGUUCGGCAGCUGCCCGGCGCCAUCAAGCAGGUCUUCUGGCGAAUCACCCUCUUCUACAUCUUGGGCUUGUUCUUUGUCGGUCUCCUCAUCCCCUACGACGACGAGAACCUGCUGGGUGCCAAUCCGUAUGUUAGCGUUGAUGCCUCGCCGUUCGUGCUGGUCGGCAAGUACGCCGGUCUCAAAGGCUUCGACUCUUUCAUGAACGUCGUCAUCAUGCUCUCCGUCAUCUCCAUCGGCAUGUCCGGCGUCUACGGCGGCUCGCGCACUUUGACCGCCUUAGCCGAGCAAGACUACGCCCCGAAGAUCUUCGCUUACGUCGACAAGAGCGGUCGCCCGCUGCCCAGUACCGCCGCCAUCUGUAUCUUCGGCGUCCUCGCCUACGUCAACUUGACCUCCGACGGCCCCACCGUCUUCGACUGGCUGCUCGCCUUGUCCGGCCUAGCUGCCCUGUUCACCUGGGGAUCCAUCUGCUUGGCCCACAUCCGCUUCCGUGCCGCCUGGAAGUACCAAGGACACACCCUCGAUGAGAUUCCAUUCAAGGCCGUCGGCGGCGUCGCCGGGUCGUACCUCGGUCUGUUCCUCAUCGUUCUCGUCCUGAUUGCUCAGUUCUACAUCGCCCUGUUCCCGCUCGGCGGCGAAACCAGCGCCGAGAACUUCUUCAAGUCCUACCUCGCCUUGCCCAUCGUCAUGCUCUUCUGGGUGUGCGGCUAUUUCUGGAAACGCACCGGCUGGUUGACCAUCGCCACUAUCGACGUCGAUUCCGGUCGUCGCCAUCUCGACCUCGACCAGGUCCGUGCCGACAACGCCGAGCGCGCCCUGUGGCCGGCGUGGAAGCGCAUCCUGAACCUCAUGUUCUAA